AUGCGGUAUUUUCCUCUCAUCCCUAGACUAAAAAGGCUUUACAUGUCAUCUAAUACCGCAAGAGAUAUGAUAUGGCAUUUUGAUCGGAAGGACGAAAAAAUUAUUAGUCACCCGUCAGAUGGAGAGGCUUGGAAAAGAUUUGAUAAGAGAUAUGAAGAUUUCGCUAUAGAUCCUCGUAGUGUUAGACUUGGUCUAGCAAGUGAUGUCAUCUUCAUUAUAUUGUCCUUGAUUAUUCCUGGAAAAUAUGGCCCUGGUAUUGAUAUUGAUGUGUACUUGCAACCUUUAAUCCAUGAGUUAAAAUUGUUGUGGGAAGGUGUAGAUGCUUUUGAUGUUUAUAGCGGAAAAAAGUUUAAACUACGAGCAGCAUUACACUCCACUAUAAAUGACUUUCCGGCAUAUGCUAUGUUGUCGGGUUGGAGUACAAAAGGUUAUAAAGCUUGCCCUUCUUGCGCCAAUUUUACCGAAUCAUAUAAGUUUGGUGGUAAAAUUGUCUACCCCGGAUCUCGUAAAUGGUUGCCGAUUGAUCAUCCUUUUCUUUUUCAAGCUAAUUUAUUUGAUGGGAAAAAGGAAUAUGGUCUUGCUCCUGUUCCUGCUAGUGGGACAGAAAUUUUGAAGCAACUAGAAGAAGUUAAUUAUGUUUACGGGAAAUCAAAAACAAUUUCUAAGAAAGAAGGAGACAAGAAGUUGGGACAUCUAAUAAUGAAAGUGAGGAUGAUGAAGAGUAGAGAUGAUAAGAAAGCUAGGGAGGCUCUUAAAGAACGAAACAUAAAAUCUCAUCUUUGGCUUCAAUCUCAUCCUAAUCGUGUUAAAGAGUAUAUGCCUCCAGCUGCCUACAAUAUGUGUAAAGAAGAUAAAGAACGGUUUUUGAAAGUCUUGAAAAAGCUUAGAGUUCCUGAUGGUUAUGGAUCAAAUUUGCAAAGAUGUGUGAAUAUGAAGGAGCGCAGACUUAUUAAUAUGAAAAGUCAUGACAAUCAUAUCCUCAUGCAAGACCUCCUUCCGGUUGCUUUAAGAGCGUCAAAUGCCACAAAAGUUACUGACUUACUUGAGGAGUUGUCGUACUUUUUCAAGAAGAUAUGUUCAACUGCCAUUGAUAAAGGAGAGUUAGAUACCAUUCAGUCAAAUCUUGUGUUGACCCUUUGUAAGAUGGAGAAAGAGUUUCUACCAACAUUUUUCACAAUUAUGGUUCAUCUACUAAUUCAUUUAGUGGAUGAGGUUAAACUUGGCGGACCUGUUCAUUACAGAUGGAUGUAUCCUAUUGAAAGUGAUUUCUUACAACUAAAGCGACAAGAGCAUGGAGUCGCAGCCAAUGAAUAUCUCGAAAAUCAGUGGAGGCUUAAGGAAUUCUCCGAUUGGUUGCAGAACCAGGUCCAUAACCUAGAUGAUAGCACUCAAGAAGGAAAGUUGAGAAAAGCAUUAGCCGGUGGUUUAAGCAACCGCGGUAAAAGGAUAAAAAGCUUCAUUAUUAAUGGUUAUAAGUUUGAUACUGUGGAUCGUGAACGGUUUCGGAAGACACAAAAUUCUGGAGUGAUGGUUGAAGCCGAUGGCCAAGUGUAUUAUGGAAAACUCAAAGACAUAUUUGAACUUGAUUAUUUUGGUUCUUUCAAAGUUGUAAUGUUUCGUUGUGAUGGGUUGAUAUACGUAGGGGUUGUAAAACAUAUCCAAGUGGCAGAAGUCCGUGUGAGCACACCUUUUGUCUUGAUUGCGCUAGAAGUGAUUCCAUCUGUUGUCUUAAAAAGAGUAGGCUUCAACCAUGUUGUUGGUCAUGUUGAUUUUGCUUACCCUAAAGGAUCUUCCCCUAUUGCUUCUUUAUUAAGGGGUGCUUCUAUUUUGCUUCGUUUGAAAUCUAAUUGGGAUUGGUUUAUUAAUUUGUCUGCUAAAGAUUAUCCUCUUGUCACUAAAGAUGAUGUGUCUAUCAUCCGUCUUAUAAGAAAUGUCAUGCAGGUUCUGUACAAGCACAAGAUUAUAUUGUUUGGUGGAUUUUAUGACACUCUUAGAGAAGUAAGGUUGCAGCAAAGAAUAUUUUAUGUGACAUUUAGUUUAGAUUUAGUUUGGGUAGUUCCAGUUAAAGUGUAG